UCGCCCGAGAGAUAAUUUAAAUGAAGAGCUAAUUAGUUAACUUUGCACCUCAUUUGAGUCAUUAUUUCGUUACUAGGGAAUAGUUCAGUUAAAAUUAUAAAUUAAAAACAAAGCGUCUUUCGGUUGCUAUUGCUUUUGUUUGAAGCUCAUCUUGUGUCACUGAAUUUUAUUUAUUUUUAAAAUUUUUUUUACUGUGUUGUUCACUGUUCAGUUAACAAGAUUGAUUGAUUAGUUAUAUAUCUAUAUUUUUUUUUGUAGAAAUACAGUUUUAUUCAUUUUAUUUUUAUAGUCUAUAAGUCUAUCUAUAGUAGUGUAUUAGUCUCUCUUCUAAGCCUCUAACAAAUUUUAACUUCCUAACAAUUAAUUUCAUUUUAAUAAUAUUUUUUAUUAGUUAUUUUCAUAAUUAAUUGAAUUGCAUUUUUCAUUGUCUAUUGUUCCUCGCAAUGCGGAGUCGUAGUAAUUCCGGAGUCCGUCUAGAUUUUUACCAUCGCAUGGUGCACAAGACCAUUCUAACACACCAGCACCCAGUUAGUGGAUUACUGCCGGCUUCUCCAACCUGUGACCAUGCCUGGGUCAGGGAUAAUGUCUACUCAGCUCUUUGUAUCUGGGCUCUGUCUCUAUCCUACAGAAAGAAAGCUGACAUUGAUGAGGAUCGAGCUAAAGCUUACGAGCUUGAGAUGGCUGUGGUGAAAAUGAUGCGAGGGAUAUUGAAAGCUAUGAUGAGGCAAGUGGAGAAGGUGGAAAAGUUCAAGUACACCCAAAGUCCGAAGGAUGCGCUGCAUGCUAAGUAUUUCGUGAGUACCGGGCUGAAGUGCACAGAAGAUUGGCAGUGGGGGCAUCUUCAGUUGGACGCCACUUCGCUGUUUCUACUGCAACUUGCUCAGAUGACAGCUUCAGGACUUCAAAUAGUGGUUUCAUUGGAUGAAGUUGCCUUCGUUCAGAAUCUCAUCUUCUAUAUACAGUCUGCAUUCAGGACACCUGAUUUUGGGAUCUGGGAGCGCGGUGACAAGACAAACCACGGUGUUCCUGAAUUGAAUGCAACCUCUAUAGGCAUGGCCAGGGCUGCUCUCGAAGCCCUGAAUGGAUUGGACCUUUAUGGGUCGAAGGGCGGUCCUUCGUCUGUCAUUAACGUCAUGCCCGACGAAUCACAGCAGUGUUUGGUCUGUUCUCUUUUGUCAUUGGUUGAUUUGAAUUUAUGCGGUGUUCGAUUGGAUGUAGCGUCGGUCCAUAAUCCUGUCAUUGGUCGACUGAUGGAUUCAACCUCGACAGCCCCCGGUUCAACUUCACCAGGUGCAGGCCUUACCAGCCCAAGUGUUGGUGCCUUUUCAUUUGAAGGGCCCUUCGCUCAAACGCCUGUGACAACCCACAGACUUAAGGGUGAUCUUUUGACGGCACAGAGUGAGAGGUUGAUCAUGUCCACCGAAACAAACGCCAGAUACGAAGGCAUAGACUGUGUGGAUCUCGUCCAGCAACUAAUGGAGGCCGAAUCUUUGCACGAGCAGGCUGAUAUUAUACACUACCUAUAUCUUAACAAAGGUGCGUCGUGGAACACGGGCCUGGGAAAACCAGGUCACGAGUGCCUGGUCAGUGACCUACUUACUGAGUUGUACGAAAAGGCAGGAAGGGCCAAGCAGUGGUGGCUCGUCAGACACACCGCUGGUCUCCUCAUGAAGAAGGUAGAAGACCUAGCAAACGCAGCAUCAGAUAUCAUUGUGAGACAAAAACAGCUGGCCGUCGGUUUGCCACCAGAGCCUAGAGAAAAGAUCAUUACUAGACCGAUGAGGACAGAUGAACUGGCAGCCAUCAUCCAUGAAGCGUGCCAAGAUGAUCUUAGUACCGCCAUGCUAACACAGGAGUUGCUGGUCUAUUUAGCGAUGUACAUAAGAACGGAGCCGAAGUUGUUCAAGGAGAUGUUGAGGAUCCGUGUCGGGCUCAUCAUCCAGGUCAUGGCCUCUGAACUUGCUAGGACUCUCAACUGCUCUGGUGAGGAAGCAUCCACGCAGCUGUUGAACCUGACCCCGUACGAGAUGAAACUUUUCCUGCACCACAUCCUCAGUGGAAAGGAGUUUGCUGUUAAUAAAAGACAGCGGCAGCCAGAGCAGCCUGUCGACCAGACGUCUGUCCAUCUACCAGCCGGAGAGGAUGUCCAAGGCGCAGUUCGCCAGCCAGACGAGGUACAGUAUCGACCUGAUGAGGAAGGAGUUGAGGGUGUCAAAAAAUCGUGACAUGGGUGGGCUGAUUUUGUGGCAGUUUGUAGCAGGGCUGAUAGGGCAAACCCAUGAAGAAUCAACCGCCACACUCUGGGGUUCAGUAGCAGCCGGAAAAGCUGACGGAGAGCAGCAGGAAGAGGAACUGGAGAUCGAUCGACACGGGCAGUGGCUGAGAAGGAGGAGGUUGGACGGUGCCUUGAACAGGGUGCCUGUUGGAUUCUAUGCUGAUGUCUGGAAACUUCUCAAGAGGUGUCAUGGAGUUUCAUUUUCGAACCACGUCAUCAACCAAUCUCUGACCAGUGAGAUGACCCAGGGCGAGAUGAAGUUUGCACUGGAGGUGGAGUCUAUCUUGAAUCGAAUCCCACAUCCGGAGUACAGGCAGUUGUGCGUCGAGACCAUAGUCAUGCUCUGCCUCAUCGUCGAACAUGAUGCAGGCAAAUGUUUCUGGAACCAAGUGAUCAACAUUGACCGCCUGGUGCACUAUGCCGUGGAGUUGUUUAUUGACGAGCAGCGAGAUGUGGAUAGCUACCUCGCAAUGUGCUGCGCCAAUCCGAAGACCUUUCUAAAGUGCCAGGGCAACGAAGGGGUGUGCCAACAAUUUUACGACUGUGCCCCCAGUGGCAGGUUCGGUUCGAUGUCCUACCUCUGCCGAUCCAUUGUCCACUGCCUCAUGUUGCCCUGCAGGGACGAUGUGUAUAAAGAUAAGCGAUUCAGUGGUGUAAUAGUUAAGAUGCCUGGCACUGAUGUUGCCGUGACUGGUUUCGAAUUCCAAGAGGUCGUUCAUCGCCCUUUCAUUCAACGUAACUCGUACACGGCGUACCUUGGUUCACGUACUACUCAGUAG